AGUAAUAAAUGUGAAUGGAUGAGAAUAUUUUUAACAACAACAAAAGAAAGAAAUUUCAUUAAAUAUUGGCCUUAUUCUUAUCAUGGAACUUCGACAAGAAAUGCAAAAAGGAUUGCUGAUGAUGGUUUUAUUCAUAGUAAAGGUUAUAAAUUUAAUUUUAAUCAUGGAAUUUUUACUACUCCUGAUAUUAAUUUAGCUGCAUCUUAUGCUAAUACUUUUAUUUAUGAUGGUUCUAAAUAUUUGGUUUUAUUCCAAAAUCGUGUUAAUCCAAAAUCAUUGAUUAAAAUCCCUUUUAAAAGAGGUAAAGGAAGUAAAUAUUGGGUAUCUCCUAGUGUAGAUGAUGUAAAACCUUAUGCUUUAUUAAUUAAAAAGAUUGGUUAUUGUAAAUGAUUGAAUUUUUUCUUAA